AAUUUUGCUUUACAGGCAGAAUCCCAUAUCUGUGGAGUGUCUGAAGGUCGAAGUUGUGUCAGUCCUGUUUACCCAAAUCUAAUGUCACCAUUAACUGAAACUAAAUAUUCUACUACUAGUAACAUGACGCCAAGACAUUUUUUUCAACAAGAAUAUGAUCUUCAUCCUACUUCAGUGGAUUAUCCAACAAAGAAAGGAGUUUGUAUGCUUGCUUUACAUAAAGGUUAUGACCUUGCCAACUUAUCUGCAAUUAACCUGCUUGUGGAUGUAACUAAACAAUUCAUGGAAGGAAUUUCUUCAUCUUUACGGAAAGUUCUUGACAAUGAAGCAUUAUCAGGUCGGACAGGCUUUUACGAUUGUAUUGAUCAAGUUUUACAUGAUAAUGAUUUGUCCGGCAUCCACACAAUAGUUCAGUUUUAUAAAUCCGAUGUAAUUAAUUAUUACAAGGUGCUCAAAGCAAAAAGUUCAACAUUAAGGAAUCAUUUGAGUUCAGAAAAAAGUAAACCAACUAAAGUGAAAGAUGAAACUUCCUCUUCCAAGCAGAGUGGAUGGAUUCCUGUCAAAAAUACAAGCAGUGGUGAAAGUGUUUCUACUGUGAUUGCAUCAACCAAACCUCAGUGGAUGCCAUUCGUUAAAAUUGAACCCUUUAACCAAUUACAAGCAGAGCAACUUUAUGCUACCUCAAGUUUUCGACCAAUCAGCCCGACCCGCGAUGAGAACAAUCGACCAAUGAGAAAGAAAAUAAAAAAAUAAUUUUGCCUUUUUUUGCAUUGAGGACAGUCAUGGGCCAUGGCACAUGUCUGUUUAAAUAAGUCUGUUUCCCGACUUGUGCUGUAAAAUGUCGAUUGCACUUUACCACUUUAAGAUGAAUGUCAAGGAGUUUUUCAGCAUGUUUGGUCAACGGGUGCAAUUUUACAAAUUUGAAAACACACUGGAUUAAGACGCGGCAGUCUAAAAUCAUUGUUACUUUUUAUUAAUAAGUGAGUUUAUUAUUAGGAAUACAUGUAAAUAACAGGAAAUAAUACUGCACGCUUUAAAAAUCAGGUUCAAAUAUGUUUUCCUUGGCCUACUGCUAUAGUUUUGCAUGCUACCUAUUAGGGGAGACCGGGGAUGGUUCGGACGUUUUUUUGAAAAUUGCUAAUAAUUUUUUUUAUAUGCGUCACAUGAAUUUAAAUGUUAGUUUGUUGUAAAGGGUAAUCCUUUGCCGAAAAAGGGUAGGAGAGUCGCAUGCCAAAGAAAACUAGAAAUGCAUGAAAAAGGUCAAAUUCCUAAGGCUCUCAAGUGUCCGGUGUUGCCCCGGUACCGGGGUAACAUCGAACAUGACCGGGGUCACCUCGGACAGUAUACGUUUUUUGGUUUUAUUCGACACCGUUGGUAAAAACGACAAAUGAAAUAAUAACGAAUCAUCUAAUAUAUCAAUCGACUAGGCUAAGCUGGUACUUUAGCGCAUAUUAAAACAGAAAAGGUUGAUGAGAAAUCUUAAUCCUUAAUAGUCCCCUGUCUGUACGAGUAUCAUCUUCAAUAACUGGAAAAUAGCUUUUUUUCAUUCAGUCGCUUGAUACUCUCCUGAUGUCGUCUUUCGUUAAACGUUCUUACUAUUUUUAUGAUCUAAAACUAUUGUGAGCAUACAACAUAAUACACCUUACCAACCCGGGCAUGUUGUCCGACGUAUCCCCAGACACGUGGUGACAUAAAAAAAGCAAAAACAUAGCCGCCUGUUUAACUCCUGCUCAAAAUCUACGUUUGCUUAUUGAAGUGUUGCUACUAAACUACGACUUCCACCGCAAAAGAAUUACUUUCGGCUAUCAGCAACCAAACUAUACCCUUACAACCAAAAACUUAAAAAGUAGAUAUUUCUGUUAAACUAACUUUUUUUAUUUUAACUAAUCGGUUGAACUGUGCAUGCCCCCAAACAUUAUGCUGCUUUGUAAUGGAAACAAUAAGAUUUGUUAAUAAUGAUAUCACAAUGCUCUAUUGUGACGUCAUGUACAUGGUCCGAACUAUCCCCGCGUCCUAAGUAUCCCCGGUCUCCCCUAUAUUAUUGAGGACAAUUGAUAUUUAAACAGUAAUAGGUAUUGUUCAUAAACAUUGUAUACUAAUAAUGCACAUUAACUUAUAAAAACAGAAAAAAGUUUACUUUUUUUGCUAUAAAUACUGUUAUCUCUACACUGUUUCUCGCACAAGCCAGUUUUCAUAAAUUAUCAUCAAGUGCAAA